AUGACAGACGCCCUACCAGAACUCCUAAAAGGCGCAGCGCAGAAGCUACCGCCGAUAGAGAGCAAUGAAUUCGGCGCCAAAUUCGACAUGUUUGGCCAUUCCCGCUUGGUUCUCAUCGGCGACGGGAGUCACGGGACGUCCGAAUUCUAUCGAGCGCGUGCUGCUAUUACGAAACGCUUGAUAGAAGAGCAUGGCUUCACUCACGUGGCUAUCGAGAGUGACUGGCCGGACGCGCGCUCUAUCGAUCACUACGUACGGCAACAUCCUCGCCGGUCUCAGGAGGUGCCUAUUCGUGUCUUCGACCAUUUCCCGCGUUGGAUGUGGCGGAAUACCGAAGUACAGGAGUUUGUCGAUUGGCUCCGAGAGCACAACGCUCAAUUGCCCAUGAACCAGAGGACAUCAUUUAACGGGCUUGAUCUUUAUAGUAUGGGGGCCUCGCUUCGGGCCGUGACCGAGUAUCUCGAUAGGGUCGACCCAGCCCUCGCUCAAGCAGCUCGGAAGCGAUACCACUGUCUAGAGCCAUGGCUUGAUGACCCGCACGAAUACGGGCGCAAGUCAUUCUAUGAGGGCUCUGCUAAAUGCGAGGCUGGUGUGGUCAAGAUGUUGCAGGAACUCCUCGCGAAACGCAUUGAGCUAGCCUCACACCCAGAGAACGGAGAAUCCUUUAUAGACGCCGAGAUGAAUGCUCGCGUGGUCCGUGACUCCGAGAAGUACUAUCGGGCUAUGUUCCACGGUGAUAGGACGUCGUGGAAUAUUCGCGACACCCAUAUGUUCAACACUCUAGCGCGCCUCCUCAAGCUCAAGCCCGGCUCCAAGGCCGUAGUAUGGGCACAUAACUCACAUCUGGGAGACGCCAGAGCAUCGAGCAUGGGGACUAAGCGCGGCGAGAUUAACCUAGGACAGCUAUGCCGCGAGAACUACCCGGGCGAGGUCUCUGUGAUAGGAUGUGGAACGCACAUAGGGACCGUCGCUGCUGCAGACGAGUGGAAUGAGCCUAUGAAGAUCAUGGAGGUAAUGCCUUCGCGCCAGGAUAGUUAUGAAAGGGCGAUGCAUGAUACUGGAAUACCCUCUUUCAUGGUUGAUUUGCGCGGCUUGAAGACCGAGCCUAUGUUACAGCGAUUCAUCGGCGUGAUAUAUAGGCCCGAUACAGAGAGAUGGAGUCACUAUAUUAAGACCACUCUCAACGAACAAUACGACACAUUUGUUUGGUUUGACAGGACGAGUGCCGUUCACGCAUUCGAAACAGCACAGCCGAAAGAGGCUCUCUCAAAGGGAGAAACUUAUCCCUUUGGGGUGUAGAUAGCUAGAAGAAGAUAGGGGGAAGAAAACAUACAAUAUCACUUCUGAUCUAAUCCAGAUGAUACAGGGCAAAAGCAGAUGUAUAAGAAAAACACGAUGCUGUCCUCCCAAAUGUAAAUAGUGUAUAUCAA